AUGUCUCGAAAGAUUCCAGUGAUCACGCUCGAAGAGCACUUCAUUUCCCAGGCAAUCCUUGACUACUAUGAUCAACAGGGGCAACAGACCACCCUUCCAGAAUCACAUUCUCACAUCAUGAGCUCGCUGCGAGAGGUUGGGCACCAGCGUCUCAAGUCGAUGGAUUCCGGCCGGGUGAGCUUGCAGGUCAUCUCUCACCGACCCAACUCUAUCCCAAUUCCGCCAGAAAUUUGCACAGCGGCCAACAAUGAAUUAUACGAGGCGAUCAAGUCAUCCCCUCGCCCGGAACGUUUUGCCGCCUUCGCAAUGCUUCCGACUCUCCACCCCGAAGCCGCCGCGAAAGAACUCAAACGUUGUGUGUCCGAGUUGGACUUUGUCGGCUCCCUGAUAGACAAUCAGACUGACGGACGAUUCUACGACGACACAUUUUUCUGGCCAAUAUUUGCCGCUCACGAACAGCUGGACGUGCCGGUCUAUCUCCAUCCCGCACCACAUCCGGUGCCCAGUGAUUCCCCGUUCCAGGGUAACUAUGCACCUCAAGUGGCCACGUUCCUUGCGAAUCACGGCUUCAGCUGGCACGCAGAGGUUGCCCUGCACGUCAUCAGACUGUUUGCAUCGAAACUAUUCGACGCCCAUCCGAACCUCAAAGUGCUACUAGGCCACAUGGGAGAAAUGCUCCCAUUCCAACUAGAUAGGAUACACAAGCUGAUCCAGAAAACAUGGCCCGUGUCCUUGAAACCUCAGCGACACCUCCUCCAAGUCUGGCAUGAGAACAUCUACAUCACAACCGCCGGCAUGUUCAGCCUUGCCCCGAUGGCCUGUCUGAUCCACAUGUGCUGCGCCGACAAGGUCCUCUAUAGCGUUGACUACCCCUUCUGCAGCAAUCAAGACGGGCUGCGAUUCCUGUACCAACUACGGAACAGCGAGAUGGUCAACGAUCAAGACUUUGAAGCCAUCACCUACAGAAAUGCCGCACGGCUCUUGGACCUGAAGAUCACCGAGGACAAUGAUGUUGGAAUUGAGGUUGACGAGGAUGAUGACGCAGAUGGGUACCGUCUGCGGCCUUGGUUGUCUACCGACAGCGCCUCGGGUAAUAUUAAUGGCGGCCCCGACUUUGCACGCUCGCCACUCGAGACCGUCAAAGAGUAG